GUACGAGUAAAGCUGGGCUGCAGCUAGGGUACGUCAACGCCAUUACGCAGCCCCACCCUCUUUCAUCCCCCCCAUCCCAUCGCUCAAACCUCAUCGAUCCUGUCAACUUAACUUCAACCUCGUCUGCUACCUACCGUACUCUACCUACCAGCGCUGUAGUUAACUGCUCUGCCUCUCUACCACAACAACGACUAUCUCCACCCACCGCCGACAGAUCGUAUCGGCUAGUUUUACACCACUCGUCGUCGUUACACAGACAGACAACAGACGGGCAAACAGACAGCAAUUAGGCAGACAGCAGCAGCAGCUAGAUAGAUACAGAUACCAGUAGCCAGCCAGAAUUUCCCUACCAUGUUCCGAACGCAAACCAAUGCGUUUGACGACGUCGUCGCCAAGGCGACCGACGAGACGCUCACCUCGGAGAACUGGGAGUACAUGAUGGACGCAUGGGAAAAGGUGAAUGCAGCGGGGGAAGACGGGCCGAAAGACGCCGUGGCCGCAUUAAUAAAGCGACUUGCGCACCGCAACGCCAACGUGCAGCUAUACACGCUGGAGCUGGCACACGGGUUCACGCAGAACUGUGGUGCCGCUAUGCACAGAGAGUUAGCCUCGCGCGCGUUCACCGAUGCGCUGCUCAGGCUCGCGGGAGAUAGGAAUACGCAUCAGGCGGUUAAGUCGGGAAUUCUGCAGAAGAUGGCGGAUUGGAGCGAAAUGUUUAGGAAUGAUCCCGGGCUGGGAGUCAUGGAACAGGCGUUUAAUCGGUUGAAGUCUGCGAAUCCGAAUAUUCACCCCCCGUCGAAACCCACGAAGCGCGAGAUCACGUCGGUGGACCGGCAGAAGGAGGAGGAGGAGCUGCAGCUGGCGCUCGAGAUCUCGCUGAAAGAGAAGGCGAAUGCGCAGGCGGCGCAGACGGCAAGCAAGGCCCCGGCCCCGGCAACGGGCCAGCCCGGUCCGAGUAAUUCCCAACCUGCUGUGGCAGCGGCAGCGGCUGCUGCAGCUGCAGCUGCAACCCCGCAGCCGGCGCCGGUUACACACACUACUGCGGCGACGGUGUCGAGGGUGCGCGCGCUCUACGACUUUGUUCCGUCGGAGACGACGGAGCUGGCGUUCCGCAAGGGCGACAUCAUUGCGGUGCUGGAGAGCGUGUACAAAGACUGGUGGAAGGGGUCGUUGCGCGGCCAGACGGGUAUCUUCCCGCUGAACUAUGUCGAGAAGCUGGCGGAUCCCACGGCCGAAGAGCUGCAGAAGGAUGCGCAGAUGGAGGCGGAGGUGUUUGGCCAGAUUAAGAAUGUCGAGAAGCUCCUGGCCCUGCUGAGUACUAGCGAGGGAAACUCCGCCGCUCAGGAUAAUGAUGAGAUCACGACGCUCUAUCACUCUACCCUCCAGAUCAGACCGAAGCUUAUUGAGCUCAUUGGGAAGUAUUCGCAGAAGAAGGAUGAUUUUGUGGCGCUGAAUGAAAAGUUCAUCAAAGCCCGGAGGGAUUACGAGUUGCUGCUCGAGUCAUCCAUGUCGCAGACAGCCGCGGCACAUUAUGGACGGCCGCCAGCUGCUGCUAACCCUUACACAUACCCACCUGCUGAUGCGUAUGGCAACCCGGGACAAUAUUAUUCGAACGCGCCGCCACACCACGCUCCCUCGGCAUCACCGCAGAGCGCUAGCCCAUACGGCCCCCCACAACACCAGCAACCCAAGCCGGCACAUGGUGGUCCUGGUGGCCCGCCGGGUGGGCGUCAGUACUACCAACAGCCACACGAGGAGCAGCAGCAGCCACCGCAGCACCGCGAAGACCAACAGCAGCAGCAGCAGCAACAACAACACCAGCCACCCCAAGGUGCAUCCGCCCCCUUCUACGUAGUUGGCCAAAUGGCUCCAGGUGGUCACCUUCCCCACGGAGGCCGCACAAGCUCCGUCUCCCCCGCCCAAGCCGGCCACCACUACCCGCCACCGCAAACCGCGCCCUCGGCACCUCCCAGCAACGCCUACAAAGCCCCCGACGGCCACCCGGCGCCGCAAGAGCUCGCCACCUCCGUCUACGACACGCCCAUCGAGCCCGCGCACGAAUCCAGCUUCACCGGCGGCCGCCCCAUCACCCCCUCCGCUUCCACCUCCUAUCCUCCCUACGGCUACCAGCGCCCCCUCAAUGUCCACCAACCCAGCUACCCGGGCGCCGACGGCCCCUCCCCCGUCACCCCGCAGCACCCCUACCCGCCGCUCCAAGGAUCUCCACAGCCUGCGCAGAGCUACCAAGCCCAAACCCAAGCCGCGGCUCCCCCGCAGAGCUACCAGGCGUACACCUCCCAGCGCCCCCCGCAGCCGCAGGACUACUACACGGGCCCCCAGAGCCAGCCACAACAGCCACAACAGCCGCCUUCGGAGCCGCCAGCUGGAUCUCCGCCCCCGCAGGACUAUUAUAGGCAGAAUGAACUGUUCUUGCCGAAUGGGAGUCGCGCGCAGAGUUAGGAUGGGAUAGGGUGUACCUAGGUGUGCGAAGUAGAUCCUGGGGGGUAUGAAUGGAUUGUGGUUAUGGAUUUCUUUUGCGGCUAGUGCAGUGCUUUGAUGAUGGAUGAUAUUUUUUCUUUUUCUUUUUUCUUGCUUCCCGCACGGAGGUCGGUCGGUUACUAUGUAAAGAAGGUGGAGGUGGAGGCGGAGAGUCACGACUCACCAGUGGGCUGGCUAUAGUUGUGCGUAAUCGAUGUGUUAAUUCUUUUUUCUUCUUUUGAGUUCGAAUGUUUUGAUUCCGAAUGUUGUAUCCUGUAGGAAGGGGGUGGGAUGAGGGGAGUUGAGGUGCGGUGAGGUGAAUGAAUUGAGAUGGGGAAGUAAAGUGAUGUUCCAAGGAAUAGUGAGGUGGUAGAACGGUGAGC